AUAAGAAUGGACUCUGAUAAGGAUAUACAACGAUUGACUAACUUUGUCAAUGGUGAGUUCGUGGCCCCUUCAUCGGGCAAGUACAUUGAUAACUACAACCCAUCCACUGGUCAGAUCUACACUCUUGUUCCCGACUCUAAUGAAGCUGAUGUCAACAGCGCGGUUAGUGCUGCAAAGAAUGCAUUCCCAAUGUGGAAAGCAAAGACAAACCAAGAGAGAUCCGCUAUUCUUAACAAGAUUGCAGAUGGUAUUGAAGCUAGACUACAAGAGUUUGCAGAGGCAGAGUCAAGAGAUCAGGGCAAGCCAGUUAAUCUCGCUGCUACACUCGACAUACCUCGCGCUGCUUCAAACUUUAGGUUCUAUGCAGGCUAUAUACUGUUUCACAACGAACAAACCUAUCAUCAGGACAAUGUCGCAUUGAACUACACCAAGAGAAGUCCACUCGGUGUGGCCGCACUGAUCUCACCAUGGAACCUCCCACUCUAUCUGCUCACCUGGAAGAUCGCCCCAGCCAUUGCCGUUGGAAACACAUGUGUCUGCAAGCCAUCAGAGAUCACCUCGUACACAGCCUUCCUGUUGUGUCAGGUGCUGGUGAGCGCCGGUGUACCCGCCGGUGUCGUCAACAUCAUCUUUGGCAAUGGACUCAAUGCCGGCACGGCCUUGGUCACACAUCCCAACGUACCAUUGAUCUCGUUCACUGGUGGCACGAAGACUGGUGAGACCAUCGCCCGUCUUGCCGCACCAAUGUUCAAGAAGCUGUCGUUGGAGCUCGGUGGCAAGAACCCAUCAUUGGUGUUUGAUGACUGCGACCUGGAGGAGUGUCUUACCGUCUCGGUAGCAUCGUCCUUCAACAACCAAGGUGAGAUCUGUCUGUGCAACAGCAGAAUCUUUGUCCAGGACACCAUCUAUGAGGAGUUUGUCCGUCGCUUUGUCGAGAAAGUCAAGUUGUGGACGGUUGGCGACCCCAAGAGCAAGGACACCAAGUGUGGCGCCCUCGUCAGCAAGGAGCAUCUUGCCAAGAUCGAGUACUACGUCGACCUGGCCAAACAAGAGGGUGGCAAGAUUGAGAUUGGAGGCCAGCGCGCCGUCGUCGGCGAGGAGGGCAGCCCACUGCGCAACGGUUACUUCUACCCACCGACUGUGAUCACUGGACUCGGAAACAAGAGUCGUGUGAUGCAAGAGGAGAUCUUUGGACCAGUGGUCACCAUCUGUCCAUUCAAGGACGAGAAGCAGGCCCUCGAGUUUGCCAACGACAUCCAGUACGGUCUGUCGUCAUCGCUGUGGACACUCAACACAAAGCGCGCACACCGCGUAGCUGAGCAGAUUGAGGCUGGUAUCGUGUGGGUCAACUGCUGGAUGGUGCGUGACUUGCGCACACCAUUCGGAGGUGUCAAGGCCAGUGGAGUUGGUCGUGAGGGUGGCGAGCACUCCAUCGACUUCUACACCGAGCAGAAGAACAUAUGCCUAAAGCUG